UAUACAAUAAUGGCAUUCACAGGAACAUUGGAUAAAUGCUCAGCUUGUGAUAAAACUGUUUAUUUUGUUGAUUUGUUGUCUGCUGAUGGUGUUACUUAUCAUAAAUCAUGCUUCAAAUGUAGCCAUUGCAGAGGCACUCUUGUGAUGAGCAAUUACUCUUCUAUGGAUGGAAUCCUGUACUGCAAGACUCAUUUCGAACAACUAUUUAAGGAAUCGGGAAAUUUUAGCAAGAAUUUUCAGAAUCCAGCUAAGUCUGAGAGGCAAAAUUCAUUGACAAGAGCUCCAAGCAAACUUUCAGCUAUGUUCUCUGGAACCCAAGAUAAAUGUGCUGCUUGUGACAAAACUGUUUACCCACUUGAAAAGGUGACAAUGGAAGGAGAAUCAUUCCACAAAUCAUGUUUCAAGUGUGCACAUGGAGGUUGUGCACUUACCCAUGCAACAUAUGCAUCCCUUGAUGGAAACUUGUAUUGCAAGCAUCAUUUUGCUCAACUCUUCAUGGAAAAAGGAAAUUACCAACAUGUCCUCAAAGCUGCAAAUAACAAAAAGAAUAGUGCUGCUAUAACACCAUUAAAUGAUGAUGAAAAUAAUGCUGUUGAAAAUACAUCAACAGAAGAGAAUAAUAAUAAUAAUAAUAAUAAAGAGCCUGAAAAUGCAGAGGAAUCACAAGAAUCAUAAU